UACAUGAGCCAAAGCGGGUCCCACUGCAUCAGCUCUACCGCCCGCUUCUCUUCCUGCGCUCACUCUCUCUACGCCUUCCGCGGCCCCUCCGAAGCUGAUGGGAUUCUAGGGCUCGGACCGUCGCCGUUGGAGAUGGGCUGCUUCCACUCCAAGACCACCAACGUCCAGUCCCCCGACGACGAGUCCCUCGUCGCCGUCAAGACAGAUCCACUCAAUGGGGACACGAGGGAGCAGGACCAGGUGCCGGUGUUCAAGGAGUACGGGCUUGCUGAGCUGAGGGCGGCUACCAAAGGGUUCAGCCCCGAGACGAUCGUUUCCGAGAGCGGCGAGAAGGCGCCGAACGUGGUGUACCGGGGGAAGCUCGAGGGGGGCCGGCUGGUGGCCGUGAAGAGGUUCUCGAAGCAGUCGUGGGCCGACGCCCAGCAGUUUGUGGCGGAGGCGGCAGGCGUGGGGAAGUUGCGGCAUAAAAGAUUGGUGAACUUGAUCGGAUGCUGUGCAGUGGGUGAUGAGAGGCUUCUAGUGUCGGAGUUCAUGCCUAAUGAUACAUUGUCCAAGCAUCUCUUCCACUGGGAUAAGCACCCAUUACCAUGGCAGAUGAGAGUGAGGGUGGCAUACUACAUUGCCCAAGCACUUGACCAUUGUAAUACUGAGAAUCGGAGAAUAUAUCAUGAUCUAAAUGCUUAUAGAGUUCUAUUUGAUGAGGAUGGGGAUCCUCGCUUGUCUAGCUUCGGUCUAAUUAAAAACAGCCGAGAUGGAAAAAGUUACAGCACUAAUCUUGCUUACACUCCACCAGAGUUCAUGCGCACUGGCAGGGUAAUUCCAGAAAGUGUAACCUAUAGUUAUGGAACAGUUCUCUUGGAUCUUUUGAGUGGGAAGCAUAUUCCUCCUAGUCAUGCUCUAGAUCUUAUAAGAGGAAAAAACAUGUUACUUAUAAUGGAUUCAUCCUUGGAGGGGCAAUAUGCUAAUGAAGAUGCUACCAAGCUUGUUGAAUUAGCCUCAACAUGUCUACAGUUUGAGGCUAGAGAUCGGCCCAAUUCUAAGUCUCUUCUCUCUGCCUUGGAACCUCUGCAAAAUCAGAAAGAGGUGCCAUCGCACGUAUUAAUGGGCAUAACAAAAGCAACACAAGUACUACCAACAAUGCUUGCUCCACUUGGAAAGGCUUGUGUAAAUAUGGACCUAACUGCUGUGCAUGAUUUAUUGCUCAAGACAGGUUACAAGGAUGAAGAAGGUGCAGAAAAUGAGCUUUCUUUUCAAGAAUGGACUCAACGAGUGCAAGAGAUGUUGAAUACAAAGAAGUUUGGAGACAUUGCAUUUAGAGAUAAAGAUUUCAAAAGUGCUAUUGAGUAUUAUUCUCAGUUGGUGGCAAUGAUGUCAGUUCCAUCAGCCACGGUUUUUGCUAGGCGGGGCCUGUCGUACUUGAUGAAUGGCCAACCAGAGCUUGCACUGAGAGACGCCAUGCAAGCGCAGGUGUGUAUGCCCGAAUGGCCAGUAGCCUUCUACUUGCAAGCUCUAUCCCUAUCGAAACUUGGAAUGGAAACCGAUGCCCAGGACAUGCUCAAUGACGGGGUCGCCUUGGAACUCAAGAGGCAGAGCAGCUGGCGAGGCUAGAUGACAUGGAUUCAACCCUCGUGGGUCUCCUUGCAGUUCUACAUGUUUAUCUUCAGUAGUCAAGAGAAGGAGAGUAGUAACUUGAUAGAGGCUAUUGGUGAGAAAGUGGAGCUGCGGCCUCCAACAGUGGAUGUGGAUGUGGAUGCUGAGAAGGGAACCAGCCGAUUUAUUGUACAGGAUCUCGAGGGAAAGAAUGAUUAGUUAUAGUGAAGUUCCAUAAACAAUGCAUUAGAAUCUUCAUUUAUGGUCGUAUUGAUGUUCUGCUUGUAAUCAUAACAAAGGUGGGAUAUGUAGCAUGGAUAUGAGAAUCUAUGAAUCUCCACUGGGACAAGUACAAAAAUUAACU